AUGGGUGUCAGCCGGAAGAAGCUGGUCCCUUUCUGGGUCCUAGUCCUGGCCCUGGCCUGCAGUCAGCACACAGGCCAGGCUUACCGGGAAGCUCUGACAUCUGACCACGAGCACAACUCUGAUGUCUCUCUCCUUCAAGGCCAUGGUGGUGCUGCCCUCCAUGGAGUGACCAUCAUUCCACCUCUGCAGACCAUCCCUGUGGUACGAGCCCUCAACCCGGCACAUACCGGGCGGGUGUGCAGCACAUGGGGCGACUUCCACUAUAAGACCUUUGAUGGCCAAGUCUUCCGCUUCCCUGGCCUCUGCAACUACGUGUUCUCUGCACACUGUGGGGCUGCCUACGAGGACUUCAAUAUCCAGCUCCGUCGUGGCCGGGAGUCUAAUUCCACCACUCUGAGCAGCGUCACCAUGAAGCUUGAUGGCCUAGUUGUUGAGCUGACCAAGAACUCCGUAUUAGUCAAUAACCACCAGGUCCAGCUGCCCUUCAGCCAGUCUGGGGUCCUCAUCGAGCUCGGCAGUGGAUACCUGAAGGUGGUAGCCAGGCUGGGGCUGGUCUUCUUGUGGAAUGACGAUGACAGUCUUCUGCUGGAGUUGGACACCAAAUACACCAAUAAGACUUGUGGUCUCUGUGGAGACUUCAAUGGCAGCCCAGAGUCCAGCGAGUUCCUCUCCCACAAUGCUAGGCUGACACCCCUUGAGUUUGGGAACCUCCAGAAGAUGGAUGGACCCACAGAGCAAUGCCAGGACACCCUGCCUGUGCCCCAGAAGAACUGUUCCACCAGAUCUGGCAUCUGUGAGGAGAUCCUGAAAGGUCCGCUGUUCUCGAACUGUGCGGCCCUGGUGGAUAUCAGCAGCUACCUGGAGGCUUGCUGGCAGGACCUCUGUCUCUGUGAGAGCCCUGAUGUGUCCAGCUGCAUCUGCCAUACCCUGGCUGAGUACUCCCGGCAGUGCGCCCAUGCUGGAGGACAGCCCCAGGACUGGCGGAGUCCCAGCCUCUGCCCCCAGAUUUGCCCCCCCAACAUGCAGCACCAGGAAUGUGGCUCACCCUGUGUGGACACCUGCUCCAACCCCCAGCGUUCCCAGGUCUGUGAGGACCACUGUGUUGCAGGAUGCUUCUGUCCUGAGGGAAUGGUGCUUGAUGACAUCAACCAGACUGGCUGUGUCCCUGUAUCCCAGUGUGCCUGCGUGUACAAUGGGACACCUUACGCACCGGGCACCAAUUACUCUACUGACUGCACCACCACAUGCUCUGGAGGUCGGUGGAGCUGCCAGGAGGUCCCAUGCCCUGGCACCUGCUCAGUGCUGGGAGGAUCCCACUUCUCCACAUUUGAUGAAAGACAGUACACAGUGCAUGGGGACUGCAGCUAUGUGCUGAGCAAGCCCUGUGACAGCAAUGUUUUCACUGUGCUGGCUGAACUGCGAAAGUGUGGACUGACUGACAGCGAGACUUGUCUGAAGAGUGUGAUGCUGAGCCUGAGCGGGGGCCAAACGGUGGUCAUGGUGAAAGCCACUGGAGAGGUCUUUGUGAACCAGAUCUAUACCCAGCUGCCAGUGUCGACAGCUAAUGUUACCAUCUUCCGGCCUUCAACCUUCUUCAUCAUUGCCCAGACCAACCUGGGUCUGCAGCUUGAGAUCCAGCUGGUGCCCAUCAUGCAGGUGUUUGUGCGGCUGACCCCUGAGUUCAGAGGGCUAACCUGCGGGCUCUGUGGGAAUUUCAACAGUAUCCAGGCAGAUGACUUCCAGACCAUCAGUGGUGUUGUGGAGGGCACAGCAGCUGCCUUCUUCAACACCUUCAAGACCCAGGCAGCUUGUCCCAAUGUCAAGAAUAUCUUCGAGGACCCCUGCUCGCUCAGCGUGGAGAAUGAGAAGUAUGCUCAGCACUGGUGUUCUCAGCUGACUGAUGCCAGUGGCCCGUUUUCCCAGUGCCACGCCACCGUGAACCCCAGCACCUACUUCUCGAACUGCAUGUUUGACACGUGCAACUGUGAGAAGAGUGAGGACUGCAUGUGCGCAGCCCUGUCCUCCUAUGUGCGUGCCUGUGCUGCCAAAGGCGUGCUACUCAGUGGCUGGAGGGAUGGCGUCUGCACAAAGCCUACAACUACCUGCCCAAAGUCAAUGACUUACCAAUACCACAUCAGCACCUGCCAGCCCACCUGCCGCGCUCUGAAUGGGGAAGAUGUCACCUGCCAUGUCAGCUUCAUCCCUGUAGAUGGCUGCACCUGCCCCAAAGGCACCUUCUUGGAUGAUUCAGGCAAAUGUGUGCAGGCCACCAGCUGUCCCUGCUACCACAGGGGAUCCACAGUUCCCAAUGGCGAGUCUGUGCAUGACAGUGGGGCCAUUUGCACCUGCACCCAAGGAACACUAACCUGCAUUGGAAGUCCUGCCCUCGCUCCAGUGUGUGAUGCACCCAUGAUCUAUUUUGACUGCCACAAUGCCACACCUGGAGACACUGGAGCUGGAUGUCAGAAGAGCUGUCACACCCUGGACAUGACCUGCUACAGCUCCGAGUGCGUGCCUGGCUGUGUGUGCCCGGAUGGGUUGGUGGCAGAUGGCAAUGGAGGCUGUGUUGUUAUUGAGGACUGUCCUUGUGUGCACAACGAGGCCACCUACAGGCCUGGGGAGACCAUCAGAGUGGGCUGCAACAAUUGCACCUGUGAGAAUAGAAUGUGGCAGUGCACAGGCAAGCCCUGCCUGGCCACCUGUGCCGUGUAUGGGGAUGGCCACUACCUCACUUUUGACGGGCAACGCUACAGCUUCAGCGGGGACUGCGAGUACACGCUGUUGCAGGACCACUGUGGUGGGAAUGACAGCUCCCAGGAUGCCUUUCGUGUUGUCACCGAGAAUGUCCCCUGUGGUACCACCGGAACCACUUGUUCCAAGGACAUCAAGAUCUUCCUGGGGAACUAUGAGCUGAAGCUGAGUGACGGCAAGGUGGAGGUGAUCCAGAAGGGUGUGGGGCAGGAGCCCCCCUACUAUGUCCACCGGAUGGGCAUCUACCUGGUGGUGGAAACCGAUGUUGGCCUGGUGCUUCUGUGGGACGGGAAGACCAGCAUCUUUCUCAGACUCAGCCCUGAGUUCAAGGGCAGGGUCUGUGGCCUGUGUGGGAACUUUGACGACAACGCCAUCAAUGACUUCACCACACGCAGCCAGUCUGUGGUGGGCGAUGUGCUGGAGUUUGGAAAUAGCUGGAAGUUCUCUCCAACCUGCCCGGAUGCCCUGGUGCCCAAGGACCCCUGCCUUGCCAACCCUUACCGCAAGUCCUGGGCCCAAAAGCAAUGCAGCAUCAUCAACAGUGCAACCUUCGCCACCUGCCAUGCCCACGUGGAGCCUGCCAAGUACUACGAAGCCUGUGUGAGUGACGCAUGUGCCUGCGACUCAGGGGGUGACUGUGAGUGUUUCUGCACUGCUGUGGCCGCCUAUGCCCAGGCCUGCCACGAAGUGGGAGUGUGUGUGUCCUGGAGGACCCCUGACAUCUGCCCGCUAUUCUGUGACUACUACAACCCAGAGGGUCAGUGCCAGUGGCACUAUCAGCCAUGUGGUGCCCCUUGCAUGCGCACCUGCCAGAACCCUAGCGGACAGUGCCUACAAGAUCUUCGUGGUCUUGAAGGCUGCUACCCCAAGUGCCCACCAACGGCCCCCAUCUUUGAUGAGGGCACGAUGCGGUGUGUAGCCAACUGUACAGUCACCCCCUCGCCUCCACCACCACGUCCCUGCCGCGUCAACGGAAAGUUGUACCGACCAGGCGCAACAGUACCUUCAGACAAGAACUGUUAUUCCUGCAUGUGCACGGAGAGCGGCGUGCGCUGUGCCCAUGAUGCUGGUGCCUGUGUCUGUACCUACAACGGGCAACACUUCCAUCCUGGCGACAUCAUCUACCACACGACAGAUGGCAUGGGAGGCUGCAUCUCUGCACACUGCAGGGCCAACGGUACCAUCGAGAGGACUGUUGGCACCUGCAGCCCCGCCACCCCCGCUCCCCCGACCACUUUCUCCUUCUCCACACCGCUUGUCAUGACCUCAAUGCGACCCUCCAGCACACACCCCGGCAGCACCCUGUCUGUGGAGACCCCUGCCCCCGCUUCCACCCUGAGCACAUCUACGACAGCCUCCACCUCACCCAUGCCAGGGUGCCAGGAGGAGUGCCGCUGGUCUCGCUGGAUGGAUGUCAGCCGUCCUGGACGUGGCAUCGACAGCGGCGACUUUGACACCCUGGAGAACCUCCGUGCCCAUGGCCACCAGAUCUGCCAAGUGCCAAAAGCAGUGGAGUGUCGUGCUGAGAAGAGCCCCAAGGUGCCUCUUCACGCACUAGGGCAGCGUGUGAACUGCAGCACAGCUGUGGGCCUGACCUGUCACAACAGGGACCAGGUGUCAGGGCUCUGUGACAACUACCAGAUCAAAGUCCAGUGCUGUACCCCCAUCAGCUGCCCAACCUCCAGUGCUCCUACCAAGACCACCCAUUCGAUAGCCUCCAGCACAGCUGCGGUGGGGGCCACCAUCUCCUCAGCCUCAGUCAUCUCAACGGACCACACAGAUAGCAGAGUUCCCUCAGGUCCCUCUACCCAUGCCCCAGGUCCUUCUCCCUCUUCCUCUGGUUCUUCUUCAUCGGCUCCAGGUCCAUCUAUCCCUGCCCGAGUCACUUCUACCACUAUUAAAACAACUCUGUCCACCACUAGCCCAACGCCAGAGCCAACGCCAGCCACAUCAUCCGCAUCCAGCUCAACCGCAGGGUCCACAGUGGCCUCCUUUGAAACUACCCACCAAUGCAGACAGGAGCGUUGCAAUUGGACUGUUUGGAUAGAUGGUAGCUACCCAGGGGCUGACAGAGACAGUGGAGAUUUUGACACUUUUACGAACCUGAGAGCCAAAGGAUACAAGUUCUGUGAGAAGCCACGGAAUGUUGAGUGCAGGGCUCAGUUCUUUCCCAACACUCCGCUGGCGGAGCUAGGGCAGAAUGUGACCUGCAACCCAGAGGUAGGCUUGAUCUGUCUGAACAAGGACCAGCUGCCACCCAUUUGCUACAACUAUGAGAUCCGGAUAGAGUGCUGUACGGUAGUGGACCUGUGCUCCACAGCUUCACCCGCCACACAUCCCACCUCCUCUGAAGUCAGCGCGAAAACAAAGUCCAGUAGGACGACACGCCUGCGGUCCCCUUCCACCAAGGACACCAGCACACACUCAGCAACCAUACACACGAAACCCUGGACCACAAGCAGUCCACACACAAUCACCCAACCGGUGAGCACCCACUGCCAGCCACAGUGCAACUGGACCAAGUGGUUUGACACGGACUUCCCGGUGCCCGGUCCUCAUGGAGGGGACCUGGAAACCUACAGCAACAUCCUGAGGAGGGGAGAGAAGAUCUGCCACCGGCCAGAGGAGAUCACACAGCUGGAAUGCAGGGCUGAGAGCCACCCUGAGGUGAGGGUGGAGGACCUGGGCCAGGUGGUGCAGUGUGAGCCCAGCGUGGGCCUCGUGUGCAGGAACCGGGACGUGGGCCUCGUGUGCAGGAACCGGGACCAGGAGGGCAUGUCUGGGAUGUGCCUCAACUACGAGGUUCGAGUGCUGUGCUGUCAUGUCCCCGAAGGCUGCCCUGAGACCUAUGGGACUGCUCCUGUGACAUCAUCCCAUAAGCCCUCAUUUCCAGUUGUGUCGCCCUCAUCUGUGCCCACAACCUCCCUGUCCAGCCCUAGCGUACCUUCUACCACCACGCCUUGUUUCUGCAGCGUGUCGGGCCGGUUAUACACUUUGGGAUCCAUCAUCUACAACCAGACAGACCUCGAUGGCCACUGUUACUACGCAUUGUGCAGCCAGGAUUGCCAGGUGGUCAGAGGGGUUAGUGGGAGCUGCCCCUCCACCAUGACGCCCCCGACAUCACCUCUGCCCACAUCUACAUCUCCCGCCCCGCCUGUCCCUGCGAGGGACCGGUGCAAUUUGUUUCCUCCAAGAACAAAAGGGGAGACCUGGCACAUGCCUAACUGUUCCCAAGCCACCUGUGAGGGCAACAAUGUCGUCUCCUUGAGCCCACGCCAGUGUCCAGAAGUGAAGGCACCAUCUUGUGCCAAUGGCUACCCACCCCUGAAGGUGGAUGACCAGGAUGGUUGCUGCCAGCACUACCAGUGCCAGUGCGUUUGCAGCGGCUGGGGCGACCCCCAUUACAUCACAUUUGAUGGCACCUACUACACUUUCCUGGAUAACUGCACAUAUGUGCUGGUGAAGCAGAUUGUGCCCGUGUUCGGACACUUCCGUGUGCUCAUUGACAACUACUUUUGUGACCUGGGAGACAGUGUUUCCUGCCCGCAGUCCAUCAUUGUCGAGUACCACGAGGACCAUGUGGUGCUGACCCGCAGGCCAGUUGAUGGGGUCAUGACUAACCAGAUCAUCUUCAACAACAAGGUAGUCAGUCCUGGCUUCCAGCAGAACGGCAUUGUCGUCUCCCGUGUGGGUAUCAAGAUGUAUGUUUCCAUCCCAGAGAUUGGUGUCCAGGUCAUGUUUUCAGGCCUCAUCUUCUCUGUCGAGGUGCCCUUCAACUUGUUUGCCAACAACACAGAGGGCCAAUGCGGCACUUGCACUAAUGACAAGAAGGAUGAAUGCCGCCUGCCUGGAGGGGCAAUAGCCUCCUCUUGCUCUGAGAUGUCUCUCCACUGGAAGGUUCCCCACCCUUCCUGCCAAGGGCCUUCGCCAAAGCCAACUUCAGUACCCAAGCCUUCACCUACCGUGUGCCCACCAUCGCCAAUCUGUCAGAUCAUCCUAAGCGAAGUCUUCCAGGCUUGCCAUGACGUCAUCCCUCCACUGGUGUUCUAUGAAGGCUGCGUAUUUGACUACUGCAAUGUGUUGGACUUGGAGGUGGUGUGCUCAGGCCUGGAGCUCUAUGCAUCACUCUGUGCAGCCGAAGGCGUGUGCAUCUCCUGGAGAAGCAAGACCAACAACACCUGCCCAUUCACCUGUCCUGCUAACAAAGUAUACCAGUCUUGUGGUCCAUCUACCCCUCACUACUGUUACAGUAAUGAUGACAUCAGCAGCAGCUUGAUCCUUCAGGAGGCUGGCCCCACCACAGAGGGCUGCUUCUGUCCAGACAACAUGACACUUUUCAGUACUAAUGAUUCAAUCUGCGUGCCUUCCUGCCAAUGGUGUCUGGGGCCUGAUGGGAAACCUGUGGAGCCGGGCCGUACCAUCAGCGUGGACUGCAAGGACUGCACCUGUAAAGACGGCACGCUGACCUGCCAGAGGAAGUUCUGCCCUGAGCCCACCUGUCCAGAACCUGGUUUUGUGCCCGUGCCUGUGGCCCUGGAGGCUGGCCAGUGUUGUCCCAGGUUCAGCUGUGUCUGCAACUCCAGCUACUGCCCCCCUCCUCUGCACUGCCCGGAGAAUUCUAGCCUGGUGGUCACAUAUGAAGAGGGAGCUUGCUGCCCGAGCCAAAACUGCAGCAGUCAGACUGGCUGCGAAGUCAACGGAACUCUAUAUCAGCCUGGUGCUGUGGUCUCCUUCAGCCUGUGUGAAACAUGCUUGUGUGAGGCGUCCAGCAAUCCCCUUUCAGGUGCCUUUGUGGUCAGCUGUGAGGCCGAGCACUGUGACACCGGCUGUGCUAAGGGCUUUGAGUACCAGGACAAGCCAGGGCAGUGCUGUGGCCAGUGUGUGCAGAAGACUUGCCCCUUUAAAAACAGCAACAACUCCACCUACUUCUACCUUCCUGGUGAGUCCUGGAAAGAACCCGGGAACCCAUGUGUGACUCAUAAGUGUGAGAGCUUCCAAGAUACUUUCAUGGUUGUGACGACGAAGCAAGAGUGCCCCAAGGUCAACUGUCCACCGGGCCAGGCUAAGCUGAGAGAAGAUGGUUGCUGCUAUGACUGUACCAUACCCCAGAAGAAAUGCUCGGUGCACCAUAGACAGCAGAUCAUCCGUCAGCAAAACUGCAGCUCUGAGGGUCCCGUGAGCCUCUCCUUCUGCCAGGGCAACUGUGGGGACAGCACCUCCAUAUACUCCCUGGAGGCCAACAUGGUGGAGCAGAAAUGUGAGUGCUGCCAGGAGCUUCAGACCUCGCAGAAAAAUGUGACUCUUCUCUGUGAUGAUGGCUCCAGUCGUACCUUCAGCUUGACCCAGGUUGAGAAGUGUGGCUGCCUGGGCCAGCAGUGCCAUGCUCCGGGUGACACGAGCCACUUAGAGUCCUCAGAAACAGAGUUCAAGUCCAAGGAAAGUAAGGAACACGGCCAGCAGUCAGCCUUCAGGGCCAGCGAGGAGGUGUUUGGGCCUUCCCAGUAA